GCCCGUGCCAAUCAGGAUCAGUUGUUAUCGAAUCUGCAGUCGGAGUAUAUAGCCAUACAUAUUCGCUCCGUAAAUAAUCUCUCUCUCUUUCUCUCUCUCUCCCUCUCUCUCUCUCUCUCUCUCUCUAUCUAUCUAUCUCUAUCUGUGUGAAAACGUUCGUAAUAUAUUUAAUAAGAAAUCAAAGGAGAAAAUAAAUAGAUAAAUAAAUAGAUAGAUUUGAGAGAAGUGACGUAUCAAGAAGUUCGAGCUAACUGAAGUGAUUAGUAAAAGCUUUGAUAUUAAGGAUAAUAUACGAAGAUAAAAAAAAAAAAAAUCGGUGGGGGGUGAGAUAAAAAAAAAAAGAAGUAGUCAUGUCGUACGAGGAUAUACGUCGUCGUGUACCAUUAAUAAUUACGUUAUUAUUUCUGACAUUGAACAAGAUCGAAGGACAAUUUCGUUGUCCCGAAUCUAAGGGUUUCUUUCCAGAUUUGGAACAGUGCGAUCUUUAUUAUUCUUGCGUAGACGGUAAACCCGAGGAAAAACUUUGCAAAGACGGCCUCGUAUUCAGGGACGAUAAUCCCAAGAAAGAACUUUGCGAUAUACCGGCUAACGUUCCAUGCGGCGAUAGGACUCUAUUACAGGAACCACAGCCAAGUAAAGGAUGUCCACGGGCUAAUGGAUAUUUCAAGCACGAGGAUCCAACAGCCUGCGAUAGAUUCGUUAAUUGCAUCGACGGUAUACCACAGAUAAUGCCAUGUCCGCCUGGUCUGAUUUACGAGGACAAAAUGUCGAGUUGCGUUUGGCCGGCUGAUGCCAGCAGAUUAUGCGAAAACGUUAAACGCGACGUCCUUGACGACGGUUUCGUAUGCCCGGACGGUGACGUGGCCGGUCCAUUGGGACGUGUUUUACCACAUCCGACCUAUCCUCAUCCAGAGGAUUGUGCCAAAUUUUACAUAUGUAGGAACGGCGUUGUACCGCAAAAGGGACAAUGCGAUAGCGGCACUGUAUACAACGAGGAAAGUUUUAGGUGUACCGAACCCGAAAACGUACCAGGAUGCGAGGAUUAUUACAAACGGAAGAACUAAGUCAGAAGGAAUAUACGGUGCCAAUUUAUCACCAUUAUUGUUACUGUACCGAGCAACAAUGCCGAGCGAUCGAAAUCGAGCAAGAAUAACCAUCGUCGUCGUCGUCGUCGUCGUCGUCGUCGUCGUUGUCGUUGUCGGCUUUCACCACAUUCACAUCUACAACCAAUCGCUUGCCGGUCUUCGAACCGAUCGGCAUGAAGUCUUACAUAAGACCGUUAAAUGUCCGGGGUAGAAGAGAAAGAGAAAGAGAAAGAGAAAGAGAAAGAGAAGGAGAAAGAGAAAGAGAAAGAGAAAGAGAAAGAGAAAGAGAAAGAGAAAAUAUAAAAAGAGAUAGACCGUAUAAACUAUAUAGUAAAUCAUAAAUACGUAUGCAACAGCAUUUAUAUACAUAUACACUAAUAUAUAUAAAGAAAGCCAUAUGCAUAAUCACCGCCAUUCGUAAUCGUUUAGUUACGUUAUGCGAACGUUGUGAUUAUGCUAAUGUCUAUCUCUUCUUCUUAUCGUUCGUUUGUAUGCAAGAUCUGUAGUCGCAUAAAUGCGAAUCGAUUUUUUUUUCGACUUAUCAAAUGAAUAAGUAACUAUUGUACAUAGUUAUGCCAAAAAUGGUCACGAACGGGAUCGUGGCUCAUCGUCGUUCUUCAGGAUGUUCGGCCAUGUUCUCGUGAUCAAAAUGAUUUCUCAAGAAUUAAAUAUUGUAUUUAAUAAAUUUACAUAUUUGUAAUGGAGCUAAUGAAUUUCGAGGAAGUAAGAAUUUUAUAAUUAUUAUUCUUUUUCAUUCUUAUUUAUUUUUUCUUGCGUGUGUACUUUUUCUUGUAUUUUCUUUCUUUUUUUUUUUUCUUUUUAUUUUACGAAAUUUCGCGUAAUGCUUGAACGAAAAAAAAAAAAAUGUUCGACAAUGCUGAAAAUUUAUUAGCAAGCGUAACGUAUUAUCGUUCUCAAAUGAUCGCUUC